CUCCACUUCGUUACCUCAACAAGUACAACUGCGUCCCAUACCCUUAAAAGCAGUCGUUGGGCUGUCUUACAUCUUGUCUGCGAAGCAUCGAAAAGGUCAAUCGCGUACGCAUCCACUCCUGGACAUGGAUUUUCAAACACUUCUCAACCCCCCUGUGUUCUGCUCUUGCUGCAAGGAGCCACGCGGGUUCGAAACUCAAGCCGAACUACAGAAUCAUGAGUCUGGAAAGCCUCAUAAAUGUGAAGAGUGCGGCAAGCGGUUCAAGAAGAAGGGAGACAUGCAACGACACUCCCGCCAACAUUCGUCUAGGGAGUGUUGGGCAUGUCAGAAUAUCAAUAAAACUGAGAACCUCUUCCUCGUCAAAGAGAAUGCUUGCGGUUAUUGUGGGGAACUUAUCGCGGACGACACUCGACGCGCGCACCUUGAGAAUGUCCAUGGAUAUAACGUAUGCCAUGCCACAAACCCAUUCAAACGCCAAGGCAACCUCCUCCAACAUCUCUAUCUCGUACACAGCGCAGUCAAAGGAAUUCGUCGGACACGUAUAUCCUUCAAUGAAUUCUCUUCGAACAAAACUGAAUAGAAGCUUCUUCGAAUUUUGUAGAUCUUGUCGAGUGCCUCCAUCAAUGGAUAUGGGAUCACCCUAGACUUUUGGUGCAUCGUAUUCUCACUCUUAUCACAAUGCAG